AGAACACACACACACACACACACACACACACACACACACACACACACACACACACACACACACACACACACACACACACACACACACACACACACACACACACACACACAGAGCCGUUUCAUCCUCCUUUCAGUGCAUCCUGCAGGUAGUGCCACUCAUCAGGAGCGGCUGUUACCCCCAUUCAACACCACCCCUCUGUCGGACUGAACCACCCCCUCUCCCUCUCUUUCUUCUGUCAGCGCGCCUCUGUCCCUCAUCCCUCCUCUCUCUCUCUCGCUCUCUCUCUCUCUCUCUGCUGGAACUCACGUCCAGGGAUAAUACUCUCGCUUUCUCCGUCUUUGCUGCUGCAGAACGGACCGUAAAGCUGCAUGCUGCCUCUUCCUUCCUCUGCACCGGACCAGGACCCCGAUCAAGUUCUACAUCUUCUUGCUUUGGCCUGCGGAGAGAGAACAAUUUGCAGGGACGACGCCUGUUUCCCUGCCUGUGUGGACGCAGGGAUCAGAUCCAGUUGGACCACAAGACGCUAACAUACACCACCAUUAAGACUACGAUUUAUAAACCACCUGGGAGCAACACAUCAUAUAAAAGGACACAUAUACUUAAAAGAAACCAUCGCCACUCAGAUCCUGAAGGCUCUGCUGACACGCUACCCACUGGUGUCCUCGAGUGGGCAGGACUUCUCUACCUUCUGAGCUUUGGAGUUCCCUUCAUCCACUAAAGUAGAGGUGCUCAUUACCUGGUUUACUGGUAAACGCUGUCACCUCCAGGUGCAUGUGUGAACACAGGCUUUCGGCACUGACAACUAUCAGAUGAUCUAAGAGCAUCAAAUCAAGGCAUUCUACCUUUCCCUGAGAGAGAGCACUUCCUCGUCUUUGUUGUCAAGACGUCUGAUUGUCGGGGGGCCAUGAGUAGCUGCUGGGGUGACAGUUUCCAAAAUCAUUCGACGUGGAACACUUAAAAUGGGGACAGGACUGGCUGCCAUGCUGCAAGCUCAGCUCUAAUUGCAGAGACGAAGCCCUUCUGUUCACCUUUCUCUCUUCUUAGAUUUGGCCUGCUUGCCCCUCACCUGCAGCCUUUCCAGCAUUGAAUUUGAACUGUUGCUCUUCACCUUCCUCCCUUCAGCUCCUUUCUUUUUUCCUCCUUUCUACUGAGGGAACCUCAAGCGCUCCUAAUCCAAACCAUGGCCAGCAGACUCUGUUUGUCCUCCCUGUCUCCCUCCUUGUGUAUCUCCCUCCUGCUUCCUGCACUGUUGCUCCUCCGCCUGCCUGGUAUGGUGAAAGGAGACUGCUGGCUGAUAGAGGGGGAUAAAGGCUACGUUUGGCUGGCUAUCUGCAGUCAGAACCAGCCUCCAUAUGAGACCAUCCCCCAGCAUAUCAACAGCACGGUUCAUGACCUGAGGCUGAAUGAGAACAAACUUAAGGCGGUGCUCUUUAUCUCCAUGUACCGUUUCACAAACCUUACUGACCUCAAUCUAACCAAGAACGAGAUCAGCUACAUCGAGGAUGGAGCCUUUGCUGGGCAGGCCAACCUACAGGUGCUCCAGCUAGGCUACAACAAGUUGACCAACCUGACUGAGGGCAUGUUGAGAGGUCUGGGUCGAAUGCAGUGCCUCUUCUUGCAACACAACCUCAUUGAGGUCAUUGCCACCAAUGCCUUCUGGGAGUGCCCCAACCUCAGCAGCCUAGACUUAUCUUCAAAUAAGUUGGCCCGUCUUGACCCGUCUACUUUCACUGUCCUCAGCAGACUGAUGGUAUGUGAACUUGCAGGAAACCCGUUCCACUGUGGCUGUGAGCUCUACAAUUUUCUGACCUGGCUGGAGGAGUUUAAUAAUGUCACCCACACCUAUGACCGCCUCCAGUGUGAAACCCCUUCAGAAAUGACUGGUUAUCCACUCUUGAGCCCAGUGUCUGGACAUGGAAGAAAUGCUCGUUACAUUCUUUUAUCUGUCUGUCGUGAUGGUGUGAUAAUUUCAGGGAUGACCUCCCAGAUGCCAGAUCCAGACGGCUCAGGUAUGGUUUUGGACAACCUAGAUCAAGGCAUGUAUCACCAGCCAACCAUAUCAUCUACUGCUGACCCCAACUAUAAUCAUCAGAUUUCUAUGAAUCUUCAAACAGUCUCCCUCUCCACUGCUUCUCUAGUGGUGCAGAUCCCUCGACCAUACAGUAAGAUGUACGUCCUCUCCCAGUACAACCACACUUAUGUUGGAGACAUCAGGUCCCUCAGAAGCAAGAAGGAGACAAUAAAUUUGGACAAGCUGAAACCACACACAAACUACACUUACUGUGUGACUUCUGCAAGCAAAUCUCAACGCUACAACCAUACCUGUCUGUCUUUCACCACUCGAGCUAUGGGACCAGAGGACCACCGAACCAAUCCAUCCACAACUACCCACUACAUCAUGACCAUCCUGGGAUGUCUGUUUGGCAUGGUCAUUGUGCUUGGAUUUGUCUAUUACUGUCUCAGGCGGCGACGCAUCCAGGAAGAAAAGGAGAAAGCUAUAAGUGUGAAGAAAACGAUUCUCGAGAUGAGGUAUGGCCCAGAGGCGGCUGCAGCAGUAGCUAACGACCCCGGUGCCAUGCAGCGUCUCCAGGAGCAGGCUCACCACCAACACCACCAUUCAGGGGCAGGAGGCAAGCUGCCGCAAUCUGCCACUUCUAGCACAGGCAUGCUCCAUGGCUCAGCCAACACCAGUUCCUCCCGCCUCUCCACCUUGCCGCAAGUGGAAAAAAUGGCCACUGCUUUCUCUGAGGCAAUGGGCGGAAAGGGCAACUACAUGGAUGUGAGGACAACAGGAGUGGCAGGAGAAGGCAGGGACGGAGUGAUGGCGGCUGGAGGAGCAGUGGUAGGAGGGGAAGUAGUUGUGGAUAUGCGAGGUGGGGCUGAGAAUGGGACAGAGGCUGGGGAGGAUUCGGAUGACGAUGGCCGUGGCUCAGCAUCAGAGAUCUCUACCAUCGCCAAGGAGGUAGACAAGGUGAACCAGAUCAUCAACAACUGCAUUGACGCCUUGAAGCUGGAUGCAUCAGCUAAUGUUGUGACCACAGCUGACAAUGCCAACUCUAUGUCCACUGGCCAGCCUCCUUGUAUUGCAUCCCUGCCCCGCAACCUCUUGCCCCUCUCUCCAGGCCACCCGGGAGAUCAGAUCAUGGCCUCCUCUCCAAAAGUGCAUCCAAAGUCUCACCCUCAGCCUCACCCUCAGCCUCACCCUCAGUCUCACCCUCAGCCACAUCCUCAAGCACAUCCCCAGUCACAUCCUCAGCCACAUCCUCAGCCUCAUCCACAGCUACAUCCACAACCUCAUCCACCUUCUAUGGCCCCGGUGCCCCUGGUCAUGCCACUGUCUGAGCGGCCUGGCAUCAGUGGUGGAGGGUUUCUCUCCCCUCCUUAUCGUGACCCACCCCCAGCAAAUGCGGUGCGCCCCCUUCAGAGGCAGUUGAGUGCUGACACAGCUGUGGUGAAGAACCGUUGUGGUGCCCCUGCUGCAGGAUCUGUCAAGAACACAAGAGUGUACAGUGUGGAUAUUCCUGAGCAGCGCAGCGAUCCUCCCAAGUACCCAACAGAAAAGGGUAGCCCUGCAGGUUGUGGUGGAGGAGGCGGAAGUGGAGGAGGUAGUGGAGUAGGAGGCUGCAACGGCAACGGAAUGGGAAACAUGAAUGGUGGUGGUGUGAGUUUGAAUGGGGGUGGAAUGGGGUGUAAUAACGGGAGUGGAGGUGGAGGAGGGAUGGUUGGCCCUGCACAGCAGCAGCACCACUUGGAGGUUCAGCCAGACUACCACAGCUCCGAGCACCGCCACUCCUUCCCCGCACUCUACUAUGAGGGUGGCAACGAAUCGCCCUCACCGGCCCAAAAGGCGUCCUUUCUUAAGCCACUGGGGCGCACCAAGAGGGAUGCCACAGCCACUUACUCCCAGCUCUCACCUUCUCGUCACCACAACUACAACUCUGGCUACUCCUCCAGUCCAGAGUACUCAUCUGAGAGCACACUGCGAAUCUGGGAGCGAUUCCGACCAUACAAGAAAAGCCCCAGAGAGGAAGCAUCCUAUAUAGCAGCAGGUCAUGCCCUGCGUAAGAAGGUGCAGUUUGCCAAGGACGAGGACCUUCAUGAUAUUUUGGACUACUGGAAGGGUGUCUCGGCCCAGCAGAAGCUGUGAGCUGAAGAAUCAAAAUCUAAUGCCCUAAGGGAGAUUGCGAGGUGAACGCCAACAGCAGACUAACAAGGGGAUAGAUGUUAAUGUAGCAAGACAGUAAAAUGAUGUUUCCUCAGAGGUGUCUAGUGGCAUGGGUCAUUCAGUCGCAGGAUCCAGAGUUUAAAGAGGUAUUGUCUCUGGGCAAGUUUUAAAAAAAAAGUGAUUCUGUGACAGUUCAUUGACAUUUUAAGAGGUUGUUUCCAGGGUUGUUUUUUUUCACCACAAUACUUAGUGAUAUUUACCAAGAAUCAAGCUGUUCACCAGACUGCCUCAUACUGGGCACUUUGGUCCUCGCAGGCUUCAGAGACCCGUUGACUCCCUAUUAAUGAGCAAAGCAAAGGUGGUGACAAGCAAGUGUCUUCUACCUCAUUAUUGGCACAGUGUAGCUCAGCUAUCUCACCAGAAACAGGACCCUUCAUGACUUAAGCCCCGUUCGUCUUUUCUCUAAUCCCAUCAAACCACCAUUCACAAAAAAAAUCAUUCCAUAGCACUGCCGGCACCUGCACUCCUAUAGAAGCAUCAUUUACGGUGGUAAUGAGGGAGCAGGAUGAGGAAUUAGGUGCGUUUGUUUUAGAAUAGCCUGAAUCCCUCUCUUUGGAGGAACACAUUAAGUGAUACUUAUCAGACUAAUUGUUCUUCCUGGCAAUUAGCCAUUGUAAGAAUAGGUCGGGGAGGCUGUGUGUUGAGCAUGCUUAUUGAUUUGAAACGCCUAACUACAUAUGUUCAGUGGUGUGUGGACAUGUAUAUACAGUUUGUGCAUGCUGAUGUGAAUGAUUACAUGUGGGCGGGACAGCAGGGUUGGAUUGUUGCUGAGCUGUUCAUUAUACUCAGGCUCUUUCAUGGUAGCAAAGUGGAUAGCUAAUAGAUAGGUAGUAAGCCAGUGGGGAAGCUGAGUGUGUGUGUGUGUGUGUGUAUUCACAUGAAUGUGUGGUUUUGCCCUGCCUGCCUGUCUAUCUAGAUAGCGUGAAGUCAACCCUUUCAAGACCUGCAGGCAUUUUUGUCCUGCAGCCCAUUUUUUAUGUACCGGUGUAGCAUAUUUCUUUUGAUAAGGGAAGCUACGAGUUGGGAAAUUUACAUUUCAAUAGUGUGAGUCAUGCAGAAAUUACAUUAGGGUGGGUUAUGCAGGUUGGCAAGACAGGUGUUAGCUCUUACAUUAAAGAACCAGUAAUCACAUUUAGGAAUAGAGGCAGAUUGAGAGUAGGUUAGAGGUUUGCUGUAGCUGCAUCUCAUUUUAUAUCCUGCCAGUGUUAAGGAGACGAGAUAAGGGAGCGCAUUUUCAGCUAUAGAUGUAUCAGCUCAAGGCGAGGGUGCGUAGAAACUAAAAACACUAAAUGUCAAACGCUCCCUACAGUACACAGUGAGAUGUAAUGAAUGGUAAGGAGAGUAAGAGCCCUGUGGAUAUAUUCUGCCUCAGACUGGAUGACUCCACACUCAGUAUAUAUGACCCUGUUGUGCUCUGGGUGGUAGCUGGCUUAGCGUGCUCUGGACCAAAGUGCCCUUGGGAGGAAUGAUUUUGAAGGUUUCUAUUAUAUUUGCUUUUCUUUUCCAGUAUGGAUUAACGGAGCAUAAGAAACAAAGGAAAGUAACUGUCUUGUUAUCAUUUGGUUUAUUGUUAUUUAGGAUUAGGGUUUAAAUUUAUAGGUGUGGAAAUGAAACAAAAAUUAAUAAUAAUAAACAUAAAUGGUUAGAACUAAUAGGAGCAAGGCUUGGUACUAUUGCGGACCAAACAAGAGACUUUAAUGAUGCUAUUGAUGCUUUCUCACUUCCAUCAGUGUGCAUAGCAUCCAGAUAAACUCAAAAGCUGACAAUUCUAGCUUUACAAAUUUAUAUUCAAAGCUAGUCUUUUUCCUCCUUAUAAAUUAUCUUCAUCCGCAUCUACGCUGUCAAAAUAUUAAUUUCAGCGGAUCUUUUAUUUAUUUGUUCGCCCACUCUUCCUAUCCUCACCACUGUCAUCCUGACCUCUUGCAGUUCUCUGCUGUGUUGCAUCUCAAUUCAGAAGUUAUGAAUUCUGUUUUAAAAUUCAUUCCCAUCCACGUUUUUUUUUCUUUGCCCACCACCUCUGUCCAACCUAAUGGGGUAAAUUAAUGACUAAUUUGCAGAGGUUGAUGUUGUACCGUCUUCUGAGGUCAGAAGAGCGUGCUGAUAUUAUUAAUUCUGCCAGACUAGGAGCCUGAUUGAAAUAAUGACAGCUGCCUUUGUUUUCCUGUCUUUCUUUCAGUUCCUGCCUCCCUCAAUUAAUGCUUAGCCAUGUUCCUCCUCCCUCUGUUUCCUCUAACGCUGGCUGCCAGGAAUGAUUUUCAAACAAAUGGUGUGAAAAACUAAAAUCAGAUUUACCCUAACUGUGCAGGUCAAGGUGAGCGACUCUAGAAUUUAUCCUCCUGGGCAUCAUUCUUUCUCUUCGACUCUGAUUGUUCAGGACUGGUCAGUCUCUAAGGCCUGGAAGGCAUAAAGUUCUGUUUGGUUUUCCACUGGGUUAGCCCCUGAUAUCAUCGUUUUGACAGGGCUUGAAUUCACCCGCUGUUCGAGGUGUGAGUUUGAUGGGCAAAAUGAGAGCGGAGGGUGGCAUUUACUCUUUGACCUAUAAAGAUUUCUGUCUUGAGAAUAGGCUGUAUUGAAAAAGGUCAGCUAGUCGGAAAUAAAUCUGUUUUGGAGAACAGAAGUAUAUUGUGUUAAUGCUCACAAAGAGUUUGACUUAUUGGACUUUAUACCUAAACAGUGCAGUCUGUUUCAUUUUAAUAUUUCACUGCUGGAAAGCUAUCUGAACAGCCAGAUACGUUGAGAGGUGGAUGAAAAAGAAAAUAUGUUUAUUACUUCAGUGAAAGCGUAGUUUAAUUAUGCAGUAAUGACAGAGUGUCAGCUUUUAUUCUCCCUCCUAUUCACUGUUUUUGCUUUUGAUAUUUCGUUGUGUUUCAUAUUGAAUAAUAGCUUUCCCUCUGACCUUUCUAUGUCAUCUGUGGCAACCAGUCCAAUAGACCCACUAGUGUUCACAAUGGAAUGUCAAAGGCCUGUCAUUACUUUGCAAUCAGAUCAAUAGAACUUAAUUUGGGUGACUGGGACCAAAUCAAAACACAGAAAAUUCCCUCAGGCACUCAGUUGGAUAGCCUCCAUUUUCAUUUUUUAUUUUUAAAUAAAGGGUCUAGUGUUCUAUUUUGGCCUUUUGUUCAGAUUCCACUGGCAGCCCCCUCCGUAUUAGGUCCGAGUAAGCACCAAUCAGUUAGUUUUAGAUUAGUACCAUGGUCUAUGCAGGGGUAGGAGCUUUUUUUUUUAGAAAUAAUGGCUUCAUUUGGAAGAACAGGGGAAAUCGAGCUGAGGCUACCUGCAUGCACCCUCAAGGCCUAUCUUUAGGAAUAACAUUAGCUCAGUUAUUCAUAAGCACAGUGUGUCCCAUUGCCAUAAUUUACACUUAAGAACAUUACUCAUUUCUUUCCGGCAGCCCAGUGUUCUUUAUGCUUUUAUGUAAUUCUAUAAGCUUACUCUUUCAUUGACUUGUUCUCCAAACAGACUUAAUUCUGCUCUGUUCUGUUUGUGUAAAGGCACAUACUAUAAUGCAUUUCACUUUUAACAGUCCAUGGUGGCCAAGCCUUGCUCCUCUUCCUGAGUUAACAUGUUCACUUCGCAUCCACAAUAUGUAUUAAUCUACAGCAGUUAUUUUUACCCGACGGCAAUGUUCUUAAUCUCCCUCCGUUACAGUGUGGGGGCUCCGUCUCCAGCCCUCAGGGGCCAGAAUCAACAAGUUGAGACUGAUGGAUGUACAGAUACUGUACCUUGGGGAUGGCCCGUGUGUCUUCUCUCCAGCCUGCCCAAUUAACUAUAAUGAUGAAUCAAUGCGAGGAAAUCGCUGCCAGUCUUAGGCGUCCAUGAGAAAAAAAAAGUGACAGGAAACAAUUGAGAUAGCACAACUUGUGGCAGUCUCCGAGGAGUAGAGUCAGACCUUUUCUGUUCAGAAGUGUGAAUCCCAGGAGUACAUUGGAACUGGUAAUCAGGCAUGCUGUCUGCAGUGAACAAAAUAAUAAAACCACUCACUGGGCUUCCUGGUUUUACUGCCAAGAAAUGUAAGUUAAUGUCAAGAUUAUAGUCAUUGCGAUUAACGGUUAUUCUGGGAGAAACCGCUGUGGUGAAUAGUCAAGAAGCUUUUUAUUAAUCUGAGAAAUAGAGAGACGGUUUCUAUAUGCUUCGACAAAUUCAUGGGGCUUUUACACUGUUCUGGACGAUAUUGCUAGCUGCCUCGGGGACUCGUUGCUACACAAGUUUGGUUUCUCAUUUUGUUUUUGAAGUUCAGGCUUAUUGAAAAACACAAAUCAAUAGUCAAGGAAAAUCAUGGAACAACCCUCCUGAUUGCCUCCCUUUAGAGCUGUAGCUGCACUCAAUGUGAACCUUGGGCACAGAAACCAUGCACUUGAAAUGGUUCCCUGGGAAUGGCAGCGAGGUCUCUUUGCUCCUGUUUAAUUAAACUCUUGCAUCUACACAAUGAGGUCUGCAGUGCAAACAUUGACUUUGUUCUAAUGCUGUAAACAUUAAGACAUUGUGGGGAGAGAGGCUGGCUGCUCACUUGCAGAUAUAAACCCAGAAGCAUUCCUCUACCCAUCCCCUUAUGUCCCCUUCUUCCUUACCAUUUACAAGUUAAUGGACCACAAAAACCUGAGCUGUGAAUAUAACUUUUUGUCACUUCUCCUGCAGUGUAGAAAAUGGGAGUCUUGGGACAGAAGUUAUGCGAUAAAGGGAAUUCAACAAAACAUCCGUAGGAUUUAAUCUCAAAUCUUGCCCUGGGCACAUUUAUUCCCCCUUACAAAAUUGUGCAUUCCUCUCAACAGAGUAAUAUAUUUAUGUUGUAAACAUGUAAAAUAUAAUACAUUUUUACAUUAGAUACAUUUCAGAAGCUGCAGUUUGGUGCAAUUUGGAGACAGGUAUCUUUGUGCUUAAGUGUGGUAUAGUGGGGCAGUCCUGCUUUCUGCUUUGGAGCUAUACAGUGCCAGGAUUAAUUUAGAGUUCAUUGAAGUUACUUCAUUCAGAACUUUCUCUCACAUCUAGAUCUAGUUUUAAUCCAUCCUAUAUUUUAAUUUCUCAAGCUGAUUUCUUCAGAUCUUAUAACAAGACCGCUUUUGGCUAGUAUUUAGAUUUUAAGGUCAAACGAUGAGCAGUAAUGUGUUGCCUCUGUCUGUCUCUUUUUUUUAUUGGUAAAAUGUACAUUAAGUUCUCUUUUUCUGUUCUCCUGAGUAGGCCUGUUCGUGCUAUUAGUCAGGUAUUUUCCAUUUAUUCCAGCGGAACUGCUCCUGCUGCUGGUUUUGACUCAUUUGUUCAAAAAACUUAACCAAAUAUUGUACAGAGUCAGUAGUAACAAAACAGUAGCUCCAGAUUUUUGUGACAUUUCAGUGCCGUGAGCAUUUUAAAACCCACUUGUAGUUUGAUUUAAACAAACAGGUAUGCAGAGCUGUUGUGCUUGGAGGCAGACGUCUCAUGUCUUGUCGUGAAUCUUAAUAGACAGAGUCAAAGAUCCAGGAGUCUUGUCUCGGAGGCAGAUCUCACUCUCAGAUUAUAAGGAAGCUGGACUGAAAAGCCCUCAACCUGUCACGGCCACAGUCACAAUCUGAAUCACCUAGGAUGUUUGAUUUAAAGGAGGUUACUGAAGGCAAUAUUCAGACCUGGGGAAAAUACAGGUUAAAGGCUCUGUUUAGAAGACAAGCUUUUUUUUCAAGAAGCACAGAUUUUGUCCAGCUAAGAUUCUUGUGGUUGAAUCCCAGUGAGCAGGGCAAGAAGAAAGAUAAGGGUUUAUUAUUAUUGUGUUUCUAACUGAAACAUAAAACUAGUGAGAGUAAUUACCUUCUCAGUACAGCUUGGUUGAAGUUGCUUCAGAGGCCAGCUAACUGUAAGGUUGUCAGCAGGUAUGUCAUUCUGUUAUUUUUAGGAAAUUCAUUCUCAUUUCAUAGCUCUGCCAUUUCAAAUUCAGUCGUACUUCAUUUUAUAUUUGACUAUUAGCUAGUUUGACUUCUCAGAAACUUUUUUUCACAGCCACAAAAAUAUGCUUUCCGCCAAAGAAAAGCAAUUAAAAUAAUUUAUGUCAGUUUAAAAGAAUUUCUUAACAUCAAACAGCUCAUUUUAUAAACUUUUGAACUGUAUUCGAAAGAAAACUAAUCUGGAGCAUGUAUCUUAAAUCUGUUAUCAUACCCAUUGUUCACAUUCUUUCAUGUUUUUUUUUUAUUAAUAAGAUAAGAGAUUUGGAGAAUUGCACAGCCUUGGCAGAGAUGUGAGCUAAUGGAGUGCUUUGAGGGCUUUAAUUUAGAUUUUUAGCACUGUUAAACUGUUUUGCUCUUUGGCUCUGUCUAAAAAAUAUUUUUCCCUCCAGAGAUGCCCUCUGACUGUAAGCUCCGUAGCAAAUUCAGCCUUUUCUUUUAAUCUGUUUCCUCCGAGACCACCUGAGUUGACCCUGUCCCUGGCUGCUUGCACUGGCUCUACAACGGAAGCAGGACUGUAAUUUAAAUGCACACAGUGCCGUCUGUCUGCUGUUGAGGUUGAGUUGUCAAUACGUUGAUUCAUUCGUGGGUCGACCUGAUCCACUGAUAUUUUGAGUCAUCGUCAGCCAAAUGAGAAAGACUGACCGAGGGAGUUCCCUUGUGAAACGAACACACAACAAAAGCGGAGGAGUAUCUACCGGUGGCCAACUGUGACAAACACACACACUUUCACACAACCGCACACACACACAAACAAAUACACACAGACACUAAUGUAGAGAAUCAAUGAAUAUACUGUAUGUGUUUGAAUAGUUUAGAGUUACACUUUAUGGACAUGAAAUGUAAGAACACACUCGACAUAUACCUUCCCACACAUAACACACAUUAGCACAUGCACACAACAUACCACAUUGACACCUGCCUACACAAAAUAUGGACGGAAAAUUUCUAUCCACGUUUACAGACACAAAUGGUCUUACAAGUGCCAAAACGGCCAGUUUUAUGUGCAGGCGGAAUGGAACCAAACAUCUGUAGAAAUGAACUCAGUGUCUUUACGGGCCCGACAGCCUAAGUGUCUUAUUUCUGUUGUCGAUGUUAUGUAUUUACAUCUGUAUGAUUUAUGUGUUCUUUUCCUCAGCUGUUCACACUUUUAGUGUUAUAGUCCUGCUUCAAUCUGUUAUCCUUGUGUAGAAUGAAAAUGACUUGCUGUGAAUGUCAUAUUUGGAGUUCUCAUGGGUCCCUCUGAUCUGUCUGACUUUGAGGUUACAACUCAGAGCUCUCACGUAUGUGCAAUGUAUAUUAGAGUUUUCCUGAAAGUGCAGAGGCUGAUUCCUUUGCGAUUCAACACACAGAUUAACUCAGAGCACAAUUUGUAAUCAGUUAAAAUAAGCAGAUUUAUAUGCAAAUGUUUAGGAUUAGCUUCAGCUUGGGGCUAGGAAAGUUUUAAAGGUUUUGUAGAUUUCUCACCUUCAGCUUUACAGAUACAGGCACACACACACACACACACACACACACACAUUCAGAGGUGUGUUGAAGAACUGAUAAUAUGCCUCUCACACUGAAGCUGUUGUCACCACUGGCCUUUUCAAGGACCUUGUUUCUUAGUCACUCUUUCGGAGAGGCAGAGAAGAAAACAGCAGGAGAGUCUGAGUACGUCCUUUUGGGAGAUUGAACCGGCACUGCUGCUGGGAUUGGUAUCAUCUUGAGGAUGAACAUGACCGCGCAGAAAUUUUAGGCACUAAAAAUCAGGAGAGAGAGCUUUCAAAACGAAUGUCAUGAAUAGUUUAUUUCUUAUUGUUGCCAAAUAAGUUAAUACAGAGUUAUCUAAGUAGAAAAAAAUACCAAAAAUCAAGUCAAUAUUUGGUGUUACCGCCUUUUUCCUUUAAACUAGCAACCGUAUUUCUAAGUACACUUGCACAAAAUUUUUCAGGUAGGUUGUUUCAAGAAUCUUGGAGAACUUCCCAAAGUUCCACUGCCGACUUAGGCUGUGUCACUGUCAUCUUUAUCUUCAUGCCAUCACAGAUGUUGUUACAAGACUCUUUGUUCUUGUCAUGAAUUUAGUCCUUGGGGAGGGAACCAAUCACAUGCCUCCUUGAUGGUGGAAAAGGAUCUAGACGUCUAAAGUGCCUAGAACUUUUGCAAAGUAAUGUACGUGUCAGUGUGUGUGUUGGUGCUGUCACAGUGACAGUAUGCAUGUGUGCAUGUGCAUUUCAUCUGCUUUCAAACGGCCUGUUGUCUUACAGUGCAGCUCUGCAUUUGUCCAUUCUCAACAUGAGACUGGCUGGCGUUCAUAACGGUAAGAGUGUGUGUUUGUGUGAAUAUGUGUUUGAGGGAUUCUGUUAUGAAGGUCCGUUCUGUCGAGGGAGUGACAGCUGAGGCUGAGUAUCUGAAGCGUUUUUAAUUAAUCUGCCUUUCAUUCUGCAGGGCUCUCCAAUAAGGCUGUGCUCAUUCACUCGUUUCCUGUCACUCACACUUACACACACAAAUGUGUGUAGGACACACACAUAGAUUAUAACUGCAUGUUGCCCAUGUCAUGCACACUGUUUUCAUGUAUGCACUCUGAGUGGCAACAAUCCGGCAUACACGUCACAUAUGUCUCAUACAAGCAGUGACUCUUGUCUGUGGCUCUCUAAUUACACACUUACUCAUGCAUGCUCCACACACAGUUAGACACAACUAAUCCUCCUCUACACAUCACUGCCAUCUCAUCAUACUCUUAGCUAACAGAAUUCCCCUUCCUCCCCAUCAGCAACACUUCCACUCUGACCCUGCUGCCCUUUGUUGCCUGAUUAGCAUCAGCGCAGCAGGUUAGCUAUUACUCUCACAACUAGGGUGGCAUGUUAGUUGCCCUAACUCUUGCUCUGCAGCAGGGGGCAGGGGCAGAAAACAAAUGCUGAGAGCUUGGUUAAGUAAAGGGGAGGCUUUAGAUAUCACGACUGUGACUGUAUCACAGCUGCUUUAGGUUCAGUGAGUCAAGAGAGAAGAAGAGGAGGAGGGGAGAUACGGACAGACUGGAGGAGAGAAGAGCAGUGAAAUAGAAAAGAAAGCAACAAAAUGUAUUGAGAAGUGAAGCUUAUCUAACACCUUAAGGCUCUGACACAAGUCCACAAAGUGAACUGUAGCACCUCAAAGCCGGCGCUUAGAUGCUCAUCUUAAUCUCCCACUGUCAAAUCCCUUUGUGUAAGUGACCUUGACACACAGUGCUGCAAAAGAGAAGCAGGAUUAUACAUAAGGAGUGUACAGUUUGACUGUCAAAAACAUCCUUGAGCAAGGCACUGAAGCUGAAAACGUCUAUGUUGCACUUGCGCUUUGGUCAGACCGUGUCUGUGCUCUACAGGUUCCAUCAUUCUACGUAGCUGCCAUCCGCAAAUUUGCUGAAUAGACAGAAAAGAAUUGAAUAUAUAUUCAACAAACAGGGGAAAUGGACAGAACCGUCUGGUGUGCUUUUCUAGGCCACCUCGCCUGGUUCAAAACUGCACACAGCAGGUCACAGAACAGAGUGUCUUAUUGUUAAUAUGCCAGAGUUUAAUUACUGUCCUUCGCCACAAGCUGUGUGUUGCUUACACCAUCUCCAAUAUUUUAGAUGUGUCCAAACAGGACAGUUUUUUUUUUGUUUUUUUUUGCAAUGUGGUGAAUGUGGCUUUUUGAAAGCUGACUCGUUCUAACUAAAGGACUUUAUGCUCAACUCUGAUUGUCAGUCGAUGAUGUUUGGCGAGAGUUACAAAUGUGUAUCCAGAUACUAAAGGACAAAACUGUUUAAUUCACUGGUCCAUGUCAAUGCACUGUAGAAAAUUUGGAAUCCACAUACAUGUUAAUCUGCACCCUGGUGUUUUUUUUCCUUCAAAUCUCAGUGUGUUGGUUCUUAUACUAUUCUGGUAAAAAUCAACAUUUAAAAGCUACAAUUCUCUAGCAGAUUCCUGUUAGCCAGAGGGGGUAUCCACGUGGUGAAAAUUUCAGAGACACCACAAAAUGCUAACAAAAAGGCGGCAUUAUCCAAUUGUCUGACAACACCGGAGUCAUUCUGUCCCAGCAGAAUGGAGCACGGCACAUUAAAAUAUUAACAAUAGUAGAAACCAGCAGCGGUACGCUGCGCCUUGUUUCUUGUGCAUCACUUAAAUAACAAUUGCUUUGGCAAUUACUGACUCCAGAACAUGAUCUGAGGGAAAUGCGUUCCUGCUUUCUGUUGCUCCCUGGGGCGAGCAUACACUGUAAAUUUAAUAACAGGCAUCCACACAGAGAGUGGUGGAAGGCAGCUACAGACCAAGGAGUUCUCUGGGUUUAUAGAGCAUAUGAUAUUUUGGAAAGCAGGCUGCAGUGGAUGGUAGUAUAUCUUAGAACUGACUGUAUGGAUAUUCUUUGGAUAACCUUGAUUCUUAAUUUAGAGGAUACCAUUAUGUUUCUUCAUUUUAUUAUUUCUAGUCUCCUUUUAAAUAACUUAGUAAAUUCUUGAAUUUCACUUAAUUAUCUUUACUCCCUUUAUAAAAAAUUGUCUGUACUUGUGUCUACCUGGUACUCACACUGAUGCACCGAUCAGCUACAACAUUAAAGCCACUAAAAGGUGAAGUGAGUGGCUUCAUCAUCUCCUUAUAAUGCAAUGUUUUGCUGGGAAACCUUGGGUUCUGACAUUCACAUGGAUAUAACUUUGACAUGCACUUGGACAUCGAUGCAGACCAAACACACCCUCCCAUGGCAACGCCGCUAUCUAAUGGUUGCAGAUUCCCUCAGCGGGACAACGUGCCCUGCCACACACACAAAAAUAACCCAACAAUUUGCUGAAGAACAGUCGGAGACUUUAACAAAGAGACCCAACCUCCAAAACCCCACAGAUUCUGAUCCAAUCAAGCAUCUGUGGGAUGCAGUGGAAAAGUCCAAUCCACAAAGGCCCCACCUAGAGAGCACCCAGAGAACAUCUGUCCAAAACGAUAGCUCGUGAAAACAGCCUGACAUUUACCGUAAACAUUCUGCAGUCAAUCCUUUAAAUGUUUUGUUUUCUCUGCUGCUAACCUCCACUAUAGCUGAAAACAUCAUACCAUCUUAUCUGUUGAUCAUACCAGAGAUAUUUUACUUCUCCAUCCCUCACAGCACCACAGGUCAGUGGUUCAGUUUGAUGUCAAGCCCGGCAAUCGAUUACAGGCAGCAGCAGCGGUUGCCGGGGGCGACGGGUGGAACAGUGAAGGUUGCUAGGUAGCAGAUAAGAACGCAGCCUCUCAUUAAUUGCCUUCCGCCGCUGUGGUGCCGAAGAUACAGGAUAGGAGAUAUUGCUGUGGCAUGCAGGCAGCAACACGUGCACGUACAGUGCAUGUAUACCUGCAGGCACAUCACAGUUAAUAUUUAAUGACCUUUCUACACCAGCAUUUACCAAGUGAGCACAUGAGAGGAGAGAUCAAAUUAAAUAGAACAUGAGAGAGAAUGACAACAUUGAAGAGUUGCAUACAGUAGAAAGAUCAAAUUUUUUGCCAGAUGUACAUGUGUUAUUCAGGGUCAGGGGGAUGACACAUGACACUUUUGUUCCACUACAAGCAAAACAUAAUGGGACAUUUUCAUCACGUUGAAUAUAUAUUUGGUUAUUUCUUCUCAUGGAUUUUUUAACAUUCAUCAUGAUUGCAUGGGUCAUGAUUUAAAAAAAAAAAAUGGUAAGAAAACAUGAUCUAACAUUCACUUCUGCCUGUUUGGUGACCUGUCCAGACAGCCAUGAAAAUGCUCAAUCGAAAUCUCAAAGAGGUAAACAUCAAACGUUUCAUCCCCCGGGGCAAUCCUUUCAUUUGGAAAUCUGUUUUCGUGCGAUGAAAAGUGAACGUCGUUACCUUUACACUUGAAAGCUAAUUUGGACAAUUUUCUGGAAAAUUGCAGCCUCAAGGCAGCAAGGCAUCAUCUCCGGUCAGAGACAUCAUCUAAAGGCUCCUCUGACAACCAAGAGAGGAAUAGUUUGAUUUGAUAUGACAGUCUUUGUGUUUGUGUCCACCACUGCAGAUUUCUGCACGUACAGGACUUGAAUUUACAAAGCUACCUCAUUAAAUAGGCAACACUCCACAUCUGCCUACUCUUAGACCUAUAUUAUGUGAAAGGCAGCCUGAUUAAACAGGCAACUUUCUUGUUUUACAACCCUCUAAUGUACAAACUUGCAGGAUUACAUACAACGCAUUAUACUGGCUCUCCUGUGUAAACCACCUGAUUAAAAGUGGAACACCUGCAUUUUUAACCAUCCUUCAGUAUGUGUUUAACAUGGAAUCAGAGUCCAUUUUCUGAGCUUGAUUUGUUGCACUGCGUCGAUCCAAACUGCUCUCUGGUUCCAACUUGUUGAAAAUGAAUCAUCGGUUCGUGACCCUCGCAUUGCCUAUUAAAGAUGCAGUUGUCUCACACAGCUCAGUGUUGCUUUGUGGCUGGAUAAAAGCUCAAUAAAACCUUUUAGCUUGAGCUCAGAGGGAAGAAGUUAAGCCCCCAAGACUAGUGUUCUCGGCUUACAGAGGGGGAUAGCAGAGUGAACAAGGAGUGUGCGGAUGUUGUGUACCUAUACACAACCGCAUGUGCACAAGGCUUUGCCUGAGUGAUGCUCUUAAAUACUGUUAGGCUUGUUGUCUUUCUGUUUGUCACACUCUCUCUAUUUCACCCAUUUCUGUUUCUGACUCGUUGAUGCCAAGCUUUGCGUAAACCUGAGACUGAGAUGUGAGUGGUGGAAUGCAACAGAAAAGGGUGUCCAGGGUUUGAAUCGAGGGAUUGAAAGGACAAAAAGGACCACAGAUAGUGUGGGAGAGAUUAGGGUUAAGAGGAAGAGACAGAAAUAAGUAGCAUUUAGGUUUUAAAUUCAAAUGGACAAAGACAGAAAGGUUAGAGUGCAGAAGUUCAUUUGAUGGGAAGUUGAGUGUGAGAUGAAGAGAUUAAGGCUAAACUCUGAACCCUAACUAAACUGAAAAGAGAAGGCGAAAGAAAUGAGUGAUUGAUCUAAGUAUGACAACUAAAGACAGGGCUAUGCUUCAGCCCUUUUUCUACAUACAAAUGUGUUUUGUCCAGCUAUGUCUGAAGACAUAAUAGUCAUAGUUAAACAAGACCAAGUCAUGACCAAGACCAGAGCAUACCGAGACCCUGCAGGUAUGUUCUUGACCAGUGUUGAAACAAACUCCAGAGUUCUUGUUGGCUUCCACCAAGAGCCUUCACUUUAAAUAUGGUCUUGAGAACAAGACCUAUCUCAAGUACUACAACACCACUAAAGACAAAGCAGUAAUUCUGAAAUGAUACACUCGGAGGCAGAAUUUGAAACCUGCCGUUAUACAGGUGGCCAGAGUAAAUGCAUUUAUACAAAGGAGAAGGCAUUUGUACACUCAUAGACUUGUAGAUUCCUUCAUGCAAAAGAGAAGGCAUUUGUACACUCAUAGACUUGUAGAUUCCUUCAUGCAAAAGAGAAGGCAUUUGUACACUCAUAGACUUGUAGAUUCCUUCAUGCAAAAAGUGACAUGAAAUGUAAAAGAAAUGGUCAAUCCCAGGUGAUAUAUGAGAAUAUUUGUUGGAUUGUUCAUUGAGCUUCAAACGAGUCCCAAAAACUUUUAUUCACACGCCUAAGUUUGCUUGUAACAGAUCAAAUAAGUGCAAUUCAAAGAGAAUCAAUUUUUAUAUCCGUAGUUUAGAUCAAAGCAAACAAACAGUAGGUGUGUCUCAUCUUGAAGGCAAAAGAAAGGGAAGAAGGAGGUUGUGAAAGUGAUGGUGUAAUAGGAAUAAAGUGAAAAUAACAAGGGGCUGGAUGAGAGAGAUGAAACGAGGAAGCAGACAGGAGGAUGGUGAAAAGCAUUUAAUGGAAGAACGGCUGUGAGUAAAACGCGAGGCAGGACGUCAAGCUGAAGAGCAUGAUUGCAAAGGAAGAUACUAAGAGUGGCGUCAGACUCAAGGCGCCAAGCUUGGAAAUCACUCCUGAAAGAUAAGGGUGGCAGAAAGAGUGGAGGAGGGGAUGAGGCAAGGAAAAUCAGAGUGAGUGGAGGAUAGUGAGAGAUGAGAAGAUUUAACGGAUACUCUGGUGGAUAUCUGUGUAGAGAAGAACAUAGGAACACAGCAGAAGCAUGUGAACAGAAGGGUAUGUAAUCUUGAGAUUGAGAACAUAUUGGAGAAUCUCGGCACAUCAGCCAGGCUAGACGUUUUUCCAUCUGUAUAUUUUCACUGCUGUUAUUCCCCUUUGGAUACCACAUAAGAUCAAAGCAACUGGAACAUCCAAGUAGCCGUGACAUUUUCCUAUAAAUCAAUGUCCAUUUUGCUGCUGUCUAGCUACACAAAGGUUACGAAAGGCAGUUUUGUUUGAAUUUUAUCUGGGUAAAUCUUCUUCCACACACAGUGUUGUAUAAGGAGCUUGACUUUUCUGGCAGUGGAAGAUGAAGAAGAAAGAAGAGUACAGAGAGAGCACAGAAAAUGUAACUUUAUCAGCAGAAAAAAUACGCUCAACUGAUUAAGUGCAACUGCUGUCCGCUACAGUGUGCUGUCAUGUAGAUAUCAUAUGUCAUUCAGUGACAUCUUUUGCACAUGAACAAUCUAUGUCAUAGCCAAAAGUACUGAGUAGCUGAGACCGAUCUUGUGAGCAAAUGAGGUAAAACUGCAGCUUCUCAGGAGCUUUGUCGUGGAUAGUGAGAAGCUGACAUGAAAGAUGCGCCUGAAGACACUGCCGAUAUGUGUUGCCCUUUAUGCUGCCGUAAGAUACGUCUGCAUCUGAAGAAACACAUCACUGAUCAAUUUCUUUGAGCACAUUCUCUCAGAAGCAAAGGCAGAAGCAACAUGACUGGAAUGUCCUAAGAGGAAGAUUGUUCCGGAUGGUUCCCAUGCAAGUCUUUGUUUCUUAUCACCACGAGCACAAUGUUUGUUUCACUGCUCCACGGUAAUUCAUUACUUAGUAACACGUUACAGUAAGGUGCUUACUUUUCUCAGGAGCAAGUGUGAGGGAUUACAGUUUAAAAUCCAGUUAUUACACCGCAGUUUGUAAUCCUUGUAACGCUCAUUUUGGCAUUCUGGGGACAGACUUGUUUGCUGUGUAAACUGAGUUGGAAGAAGACCGUGUGUGUGCAGUAAUUACAGUGGUUUGGUGUAGUUGUCUGGUGAGAAGACAUGGUUAUUUCCCAGCUUUUUGAAAGAGUAAGAAAUGUGACUCACGGCAUCCUAUUGGCAGGAUGAACAUAUAUAUAUAUAUUAGGAUGGAUAUUUUCCAAUAUUUUCUAACAUUUUACAGACUUAAUGAGUAAUUGGUAAAAACCAAGCAAAUAAAUAAAUAAUGUAAAUCAUGAACUUGCAUCUUUAACUAGUGAUCACAUGUUUAAGUAUCUUGGAAGAAUGGAAAUUACAUACUUGGUACGCAAAGAGAAGUGGCCCUUCAGCCCGUCAUGUAGGUACGACAACUUUACACGUAAACAUGCAACUCAUGCCUUUUAUUAAGUUAUCUGUUGACGAUUGAUAUUGUUGAAAGAAAUGUAUUUCGUCAAAUCAAUUUCCACUACAGAGGAAGGUGAGGGCCAGACUGUCGGAUAUAUAGACAGACAGGAAAGCAAGCAUCCAAGAAUUCAAAAACGGAAAAGCAUGUAGUGUAUUAUGAAGUAUGAUCGAGGCAGCUUGUCACGCUCCGGGCAGAAUAGCACACUUAGCAUGCAGAGAGAUGGCCGGUGAUGGCGGAGAGAACGAGUGAGUGAGAGGGCAGGACAGUUACUUGGAGACAGACGGAAUGAGAUUUUCCUGAAUGAUUCAGAGCGCUGCACGGACAAGCAUCAGCCUCCCGCACUUUCCCCUGUCCCGUCUCCCUCUGCUCAUCUCUGUCACUCCUUUCUUCUCCUCAGUUGUCUUCCCCUGACUUCCCGUCUCCUCCCUCACCCAUAUGCCCGCCUCCUACUUUGUGGCUGGAACGACGCUAUGUUUCUGGAACUUCAUCUGAACGUGCCUGGCAUCCAAGAGGGAAAGGAGAACAUUGUGUAUUUGUAAAACUGGAAGUGUGUCCACAGGAACAACAGGAGCAUGAGGACUAAUGUGGGUUUAUAUGGCCGCAUAAACCGACUCAUUUCCAUGUGCUAAUUUAUGAGUGUAUGCAAAAAGAUACAGCAACACGUACUCUUUAUUGCUUGUGCUCAAACAGCAUGUCAGUCAGUACCUUAAUGUGAGUAACGUGCCCAUCACAGGAAGACGCGUGUGUUUGUGUGUGCCUUCUGAGUUUCCUUCUUUUUAUGAGUGCGUGCAUGCAUUUUAGUUGAUCAAUGAUCAUCCCCUCCAUCCUGACACAGGGCUUGUUUUCGUAGCCACUUACUCAGAUUGGACUAAAUGAACAGAGGGAGAGGGAGAGGGAGAGGGUGGGACAAAGGGAGGGAGAGGGGCUCCUGAGAGUCAAAGCUGAUAAAACUGCAGGGCGGUGUGCUGUGGACUGCAGGCCGAUCCAUCAGUAGAGGUUGUUCAGGGGCAGGAGAGAGAUAGGUGAGUGAUGUCUUAAAAACACCACUGCACACACACUUCUGUCCACUAGAGACACAGAGAUAUAAACGGGCCUACUGAAGGUCAUUUAGACCUGGGGAUAACGGCAUGCUAAGCACGCUAUGAAUCCUUCAACACAAAUAACAAAACGAGUAAUUUGUCCCUACCUUUGAUGCCUGUCAAAGCCAGUUUGAGCUUUUUCUGAUCUGGCUGAUGUUUGUUCAGGCUUAGGCAGCUAAAACUACUUGGCAUCCCGCCCGUUUACAAUGAUGAUUAUGAUAGUACAGAAGCAGACAGGAAACUGGGUGAGCCAGAGGAGUGUGACAUGCAACACAUGACUGCAGUCAUAAUUGAAUCAUUGAUGUUGUGGUUGUGUGGGAAGCACCUCAACCACUGAGCUUCUGUGAUGUCCCACUUAGGUGCUUCGUACUCCAAGUAUGCACGUGGGCCUCACCCCUAAGAAAUCUCAUGGCAUUACAGUAACGUCAGGGUUGCUUGUCACAGAAGAUAGCCGCUAUUUAGCAUUUGACCAGAAAGAAAGACCAAAAGAAAAGAAAAAGAAAAAGCAUUUGACCAAACAAAAACAGUGCUCUUAUUGUGCUGCUAAGGACAGUAAUCAGACACAGUAAAUGGCCUGGAAAAAAAUACAUAUAAAGUCAACAAAUCAUAAGUGUAAAACAAGCAUUGCACUGCCAAAUCAAAGUAAAUUAGUCCAGCGGCCUCAGCCAUCAUUAACAGCGUUAGCCACAGCUGUCACUUGUUAGAAUGUGAUGUCUCAGCUCUCCACUGGGAUCACACCACAAGCAAAGCGUUCCCCCUGUUACCUCUGCCACUGACAACGUGUGAAAUUACAUUUUAGUAACAUGUCAGUUAGCAUAACAGAAGACCAUGCAUGUCUCAAUGACAAUAGAGUCUGAAAUAUGUUGGGAAGCUUUUGGGUGAACGUCGUCCUGCUGUAGCCAGUAACCAUGUAAUCGUGGUACAAAAGUGUGGAUGCAGCAGAAAGAAGAGGAUAUCGCAUCUUUAUUAUUAUUCGAAUGAUCAUAUGUUUGGAGAAAAUCAAUUGAUUUAUUGUUCUUUUUCAAAUCCCCAACCAGCUUUUCUUUUUCUGAUAUUAUGACCUUCAGUCCUUCACUGAAAUUAUGGUGAAACAGCAUGCACUGAGGAGGUUAAAAGAACCACAGGAGCCACUGUUGGUGCAGCUACAGUCUCAGAGGAGGGGAAAAAAAAUCAUAAGUGCAAUUUCUGUUGUAUGCUGAUUUGGAGGCAAUGGAUUGGCCAUUAACUGACAGUACUCUCACUGUCACUUGUCAACUUUAAUGUCUUUAUAACCAGGCAUUAUUUUACAAACUACUCCCUUCUAUUUCCACAGCUAUCCUCUCCAAGAACAUAUGUCUCAUAGUAUAAUCGCAUAAUUGUGUUUCUUGAGCUAUCGUAUGACCUUAAUCACAUAAGCCUAAUCAGUCCAUUUUGCUCGCAUCUCCAGCUGUUGCCAUGGCAAUAGCCCCAGGUGGCACCCUGCGGAUUCCAAAUCCACCACAUUUUCUCACGCUGCUGAGCAAUCAUCCCCAUCUCAAUUAAUGGCCCACAAUGGUCUUUCUGAAGUGGUCAUUUGCUGAACAAACCAGUCAAAACAUUUCCCGACCUACGUCUUGGGGGACAAUUGUCUCUCUUUGCCAGCCAUUCACAGCUAAUUCUGCCUUUUGAACGAGCAAAAUGGCCGCUAGCUUUCCCCCGCUGUUCUCCAGCGGAGUCACGCUCCAGCUGUCCACUCGCCUCCCCUUCAUUUCCUCCCCUGUGCUUUCUGGCUUUACGCUUCAUCUUCAGCUGUGGAAAAGGCAAAGCACUGCUGCCAUUUUAAAGUUUAAAAAAAGUAAUAUUUCAGCUCUCAGAAUGCGUUCAGUAUCCAAUUCAGCUCAGUUUUCUUUUACCAAAUCGUGCAAUGAAGCAGUAGUUUGUUUCUUUUUCCAUUAUCGCUUCUGGUUGAGGCCACUCACAGCCAACAUCCAACCAUCUGAAAUGAAAUCACUCACUAAUCAAAAACACACAUUCACACUUGAAUAUACUUUGAAAUGAAGCUUUCAGAUACACUAUGUGGGCUGUCUAGUUUAAUACUGAUCAACUGCUGAGUUUGCACUCCUGACAGUUUUUUUUGGGUGUUCAAUUGUGUAAGGACAGAUGGUGGACCAAACAACUGCACAAGGGUGAGAGUUAUGCCAAUAUAUCCCCACUUAUAUUAAUUUUCUUUAAUAAAAACCUAUAUUAAGUGGACAUAAUGAACUACAACUUAGGAUAUAAUGUGCACAAAAUUGCCCCUUCUUCCAGUAAGGUGUAGAAGGGUUUAUGUUGAUCACUGCAUUUGCAUUUUGGGAGGUUAUUCUUGCUCUGUUUAUAAAUGAGGGAAUGGCCGACAGUUUCAAUGUGAGGGACUCACAUGCACUAACAUGCAUGCAUGGCCAGCCUGGCUGACAAAACUUCAAACACAAAAGCAAAGAUUACAUAGCAGAUAGUUACUACAUUAAUGCUACAGUUAUGUUAAUUUCUUAGUUCAUUUCAUCCUCUUGCAAUAUGUGUUAAUGAAAGGCAUUGGGGGUGGAAGAAACCACAGGCAAAACGAAACAUCACCCCCAGUGAUUUCCCCGCUCGAGGGAAGGGAGACUGUCGACAGCGCAGAGAGAGAACAGAGAAAGAGGGGAAUUUUGAAUCACCUAAAUGGUGACUGUAAUGUGACCGCGCAUGUGGAUGAUGGAGGGUUAUUACAGGCAUUAUAUUAAUGAUGUAAUGCAUAUGUGUUUGACUUAAUUGCACUAAUCAUAAUAACUAUACGUAACUGCUUGUAUGAGCCAUUUUGUGAGCGAGUGUGUGCCUGCAACCUUUCACACACAUCGCUGUGGCUUUGUUGGGACCUCAUAGCUGUGACAUUAGUGUGGGACCUUUCCACUUUCCACAGUUCACACGCAGGCGACAGAGCCACAGAGCACAGCACACAGGUCAUGCAGUGGGAGACCAAUCAGCUAAUUGUUCAUUGUUGUCAUGCGGUAGGAGACUGUACACACAUUGUGAGCGAUGCCUUGCUGGAUGUUCGUCUGCCGUCAUCAACAUCAAAGUCCCCGUAAACAGAUUCAGGCCCCAUCCACACAAAGACAAAACGCUUAACAGUUUCAAAAAAGAUCGCCAUAAAGACAAAGGCGUCUCAGAAAAUGUGUGCGUCUACAUGAAUGCACUCGACACGCAUGGAAACACUGUAAAACACAUGCCAGACCUCUAGGGGCGCUCUAACGAUAUGAAGGAAACGCGCGCAAACAGAAGAAAAAUCAGUGGGCAUGCACACUUGCGGCAAAAGUUGCAAACAGAGACCAAGCCGGGAAGCAUGAGUGGGCCGUAAUGUGUCCUCGAUAACUGUUUGUUCAACUCGGUGGUGAUUGAGAAGAAGGAGAUUUUGCUGCAACAGGGAUAGUAGGGUCACCAGCUUCAUCAGCACAUUUGCUACACUGUAUGCCGCCAUUGUCAUUGUCGUUGCCGUGUGUGGCGCAUGCGUGUCAAUGAAGCUACAAAACUAUGACGCAAGCGUAUCUGAAAAGUAGCAGAGAGCCAGUAAACACGGAGCUGCCUAUACGGCUUUUCAACAUAUUUCCACUCUGGAACGUGGUUUCAAAAAUGAUCGUUUACAGACCCCCAAAACGCCGUCUUCGUGUGGAUGAUACGCAGAUUUGGCAAGAAACUUAUGCGUUUAGACCUCGGUGUGUCUUCGUGUGGAUGGGGCCUUAGAUUCAGAUGUUUGUUCAUCCAACAAUGCUGUCAUAGCUGUGUGAGUUUUAACAUAUGUAAUGAGACGGACAGAGACAACAGUUUCACCAGUGAGUGACUUCAGGCGACAAAAGGCAGGAUGUUUGUGUGUGUGGCGUUCAGACAGUUUAUCUCUUGAAUGUAACCCAAAAAGGAGAACAGAAGAAAGCAACACGUGAUCAUGAUAGACUACAAUGACGAUAGCCUUUAUUUAAUGAGGUAAUUUUUUUUUCUUAAAAAGUGGAGUACCAGUAUGUAUAAGAUGAAGCUUGUCAUUCCAUCUUUCUGAGGAAGAUUUUAGCACACAGGAAUUGUCAUUAAGUUUUGUUCUUGGUUACUGUGAACCUCUCGUCUUGCGUUACUAUAAUCACAAAUUCUCCACGUGUAAAUAAGAAUUAUCCAAGUGUCAUAAGCACAGUUAGGCAGGCAUAUUGCCUUUAAAUUUCUUGAGCACAUCCUCAUGCCCCAGAGGAUGAACCCUCAAGAAAUCAGACAAUCCAUGACUUUUCCUUUUAGCAUCACUCUCAUGCCUAAAUCCUAACUCUGUCCAUAAGAUAUACCGUGAUGUAACAGACUAAUUGUCAUAAAAUUAGAUGAACAAUUACAGUCAUUCUCUCAGGGGCAUAAACCUUAAUGACUUGUAUGACUGCUCAGCAUUUUCCCCACUCCUUAUUACAAGUAAUAGUCAGCCCCUCAGUAUGUUGUUCAUUAUUUCCAACAAUUACCCACAGUUUAGUGUGACGAACAUUUCACCUGCAAGGGACCAUUAGUGGGAUGUAAAGUCUUAUUGAUAUUCUUUACACCCACAGUAAAUGCCUGGGGCUUUGUCUCACGCCCAACUCAUCACAUAUUGCUGUUUUGUCAGGACCACUUGGUGCAACAUUUCAGCACAUCAGUUACCCUUUAGCGUCAUCUUUCAAUGCACAGUGUAGUCCAGUAGACCUGUGAAAUUUACUGAACGUCUGCUAGAUGCCAGGAGAAAGUAGACAAAUGUUUUGAGCUGAGCUUUCACUGUCGCCUCCUAACCAAGUAGGUUUGAUAUCUAAACUUAAUCAAACAGCAAGUGACAACCAAGUGAAGUGAAGAAGUUAUUAUUCAAUACUGAACAUAAACUUUUUUUUCCCAAACUCCUCAUGCUGUUCUUUUACAUUCAAAGCUCCUACAAGUGUACAUCUAUCCUGUUAAAUAGGGAUGUGGGUGGAAUUAGGGGACACUUCCUGAAUAUCUUUCCGAUGCCAGUGGCUUUGACAAAACAGCAGCUUAUGACAUCCUUGGAAUGACAAUGAGUUGCUGCCUGCAUGAGGAGGUUCGUAUCGAAACGUUGUGACGCUUCUUUGUAUAAGAAACAUUUCAUAAACAGUGAUUCACUUCUGAAACACAAUCGUUCUGCCAGCAGACGUGAAUUAUUGAGUAAUUCAGUCAUCUAUUUUCAACAUGCAGAUAUCUCAUUUUGAUACGAAGCUUUUUUUGUGUACGAACAUGUUUUUUUUUUCUAGCACCGUCUUACAAUCAAUAUACACUGUCAGUAGAUCAAGAAAUUAUGAUUGGCAACUCCCAGCCAUAGAUAAAAAAAGUAGAAAAAGGCACACUAUAUACAAUAAAAUUUAAAAAAAAUACUUAAAAAAUAUAAAUAUGUAAACAAAAGAUGUAAAUAUGUAGAUUUAUUUUUAUUUUUUUUGUUCAAAUAUACAGAUCUUUCUAUUUAGUCAAGAUCAACGCACAGCUUCAAGCCACAUUCUAGACUCACAUCUGCCCAGUUUCUGAUAGAUUAUACCCCAGUUCAUAUCUUCUGGAAGUACUUUCAACUCCUCACUUUCAGACAGGUCGUUUAAUGUUUGUCCUGUCCCAUCGCUUCCUUUCCCCUAACAUUUGCUGUGGCUCUCAGUCUGAUGAGCUGUCACGGGGCUAAGUUUGAACAGGUCCUGUGCGAUGUGACCUUAACUUUAUCUAACUUUUCUUUCCUUAUUGGUCUCUGAUCACUGAGACUGCAAAAACAACAGAUUUCUAAGCACUGGAAAUCCCAUUUUCAAGCAAAUCAAGCAUUUUAGUCCUGGAGACCCAAAGCCUAAAACUAAACAUUUCUUAAAUCCUAUUUAUUUCUACUUCUGUGUCAAGUAAGCUUGUAUAUUUCCGCCUUUUGUGUCUGGAUCCUGGGGAUAAAGGGGACAGAAACUGUGCUCUGCUGAUCAUCUUGUUGCUUUCCUCUUCUUGCUCUUGCACUUUCAGGCUUACUUUUUUUGUAAAUCACAAAUUCCCAGGGAGCAAAAUACAAGACAUUAUCACUGACACAUCUGCAAAACAACAAAGUCACAGCCAUCACUAAAAAAGGCUUUUAUUCGUGUGUCAGCUGUUAUUAAUUUAGCUUGAUAUGUGAAGUGACAGAUCAGAGGGAACCAUGACUCCGUGGCGUGACGUGCACGGAGACGGAUGAAAUUCAGACAAUGAGCUGAAAUGUGAGCAUCAUCUAUCUUCACUGUACUGCGCCCGUGAACAGACUGACUGCUGUAUUAUAAUUCGCAGACCCAUAUCAGCAGCGGUAGCUAUUCAUAGCCCGCCUAUGUUCGGUUUUGUUCUCGUUUGCUUUAUUUUGUGUACUUUGAUCUAUUUCGGGUGUGAUUUUACAGCAGUUUGGUUGCCUGCUCGAGAGGCGGCAUGUACACUGAACGAAGAAGGCAAACAAACAAGAUAAAUCUGUGAAUUUUGUACAAACUGUAGGAACAAAUGACUGUUUUUCUACCGAGCCUGUUAUCUCUAUAUGUUUCUUUGGUGGGGGGGGUUGGAGGGGUGGGAAGAGAGGGAUGAUGCUCUAUACGUGCAGGGUGGGUGGACUGAGACUUUUCUGUAAACGGUCGGGGACUGUGCAAUGGCUACUUGUAAUUAUUAAGAGAAUCCAGAGUAUAGAGGUGGAAAAAAUGUCCCUUAUGACAAAUGAAAUAAAGUGUUAUAUUUGCAUGAUUUCCUGUAUUUUCAUCGAGCAGAUAUUUAUGGUUGUGUAUACUAAAUGGAUGUAUGUCAACUUAAUAACUGUUUAAUUAUGAAAAUGGAAAAAAAAAAAAACUGUCACCUUCUUCUGUGAAUAUAAAUAUACAAUUUUCUUAGCUCUUUUAUGACUAACUUA